AUGCCGUUUGGACUAACUGGAGCUCCUGGAACCUUCAUGAGACUUAUGGACAAAAUCUUUGGCGACGAAAACUUCCAAACCCUACUUAUCUACUUGGACGACAUACUUAUUUUUGGCACCACCUUUGGAGAAACUUUAGAAAGAUUGGACAUGGUCUUAACAAGACUUUCGAAAUUCAACUUAAAAGCAAAGCCAGAGAAGUGUCAGCUGUUUAAGGAGAAACUCCGUUAUCUUGGGCACCAUAUUUCAGAGAAAGGUAUCUCACCAGAACAAGGGAAGAUCGAGGCAGUGAUGGAAUGGCCAGUCCCCAAGACAGAGACAGAACUACGAGGAUUCUUAGGUUUAGCUGGGUACUAUAGGAAGUUCGUUCCAUCCUUUGCCAGUAUUGCAGCACCCCUACACUCUCUUUUACAUGGGAUACCCCUCAAGAAGAAAGGCAAACGUAAACUUAGCAACGGCCAAGGUAUUUCAGCUUGGGACAGCUCGUGUGAUAAGGCCUUUGAGGAGCUGAAGCAGAAAUUGACAACGGCCCCUGUCCUUGGACAUCCCCGAUUUCUCAAGACCAUAUAUCCUGGAGGUCGACGCCAGUCACAAUGGUCUUGGGGCUGUGCUCUCACAGGACCAAGAGGCAGGGAAGGUUGUGCUGAGUUACGCUUGUCGGUCACUACGACCCGCUGA